UGAAGGGCAAAACGACUUUAAUGUAAAGGCCGCAAAGAUAUGAAACGCCCAGUUGCCCAAAAACAAGGUUGCUGAAACCCUGAAGAAGACUCAAGUGGUCAACUCAGUUAACCGGCCACCGGCUUCUUUGGUCGUCGGACGAAUUUGGCAAAGGUAGGUUCUGGUUGUUGAUGAAGGUGUUGUCGUGGAUGAUUAGAAACGUGGCUGCUACUCGCUUGAAGUUGAAGCCCAUCAUGUUCAGAAAAAGUACAAUCAGACCUCUUUCUUCCAUCUCUAUCUCAAGUAACCAGACAGCAGAUGAUGAUGAUGAUGAAAUGAAAAGAAUCAUGUUAAUACUCGCGAAACGUCCGUGGAUUCUUGGUUGUCAAAAUGGGUAUAAUGUCUAUCGGAACCAGUUCAAUGUAAUACAGAUUUUGAACUAUUUGUUUGAGGAGAGUUUGGAUGCUAAUCUUGCUUUAUACUUUUUCAAGUGGUCAGAAUGUUGCGCCGCAUCAAAGCAUACAGUUUGGACUGUAUGUCGAAUGGUACAUAUUUUGGUUUCUGGGAACUUGAAUCACAGAGCAGUGGACCUGCUACUGCGUCUUGUGAGAAAUCAUGCUGAAGAGGAGACAAGUAGUUUGUUACUAGAAGUUCUUUAUGGAACCCACAGCGAAAGAAGGGUUUUAGAAACUGUGUGUAGCAUGCUAGUCGAUCAGUAUAUUAAGGAAGGCAUGGUGAACGUGGCUCUGAAUGUCACAUAUGAAAUGAAGCACCUAAACAUUUUUCCUUCUGGUGGAGUUUGCAACACUCUGCUACGAGCAUUAUUGGAAUCAAACCAGUUGGACUUUGCAUGGGAUUUCUUGGAAGUUAUGCAGACAAGAGGACUGGGUUUGAAUUCUUCUAUCAUAAGUCUCUUCAUUCAUAAGUACUGUAGUGAGGGUGAUCUGGGAAGUGGUUUCAAGUUGCUUGUUGAAAUGAAGAAGUAUGGGAUUCAACCUGAUGUUGUUUCAUAUACAAUUGUUAUUCAUUCCCUUUGCAAGAUGUCUUAUUUGAAAGAAGCCACUACUUUAUUGUUUAAGAUGACUCAGUUGGGUAUCUCUCCUGAUUCGAUCUUGAUUAGUUCAGUUAUUGAUGGCCACUGCCAGUUGAGACAAACAGCGGCUGCAAUUAAGAUACUGAAGAUCUACCGUCCUCCCCUUAAUAUUUUUUUGUACAAUAGCUUUACUUCAAAGCUAUGUACAGAUGGCAACAUGUUUGAAGCUUCUGAACUUUUUCUUGAGAUGUCUGAGUUUGGCUUGCUCCCAGAUUGUGUCUGUUAUUCAACCAUUAUAGGGGGCUACUGCAAAGUGAAAGACAUGAAUAGAGCUUUUCUGUAUUUUGGGAAAAUGUUGAAAAGCGGAAUUACACCAUCUGCUACCACAUACACGUUGCUCAUCGAUGCUUACUGCAAGUCUGGAGAUAUAGAAAUGGCCGAAGAUAUGUUUCAAGCAAUGCUUUCAGAGGGUCUACUACCUGAUAUUGUGACUUACAACACUUUAAUGGAUGGCUUCGGAAGGAAGGGACACUUACAAAAGGUUUUUGGGGUCUUAGAUAUGAUGAAUUCUUCUAAUGUUUCCCCUGAUGUUGUUACAUAUAACACUCUCAUUCAUAGUCUUGCCACAAGAGGAUUUGCCAAUGAGGCAAAACAAAUCAUGUUUGAACUUAUCAAAAGGGGUUUCUCCCUGGAUGUAGCAGCGUUCACUAAUGUUAUAGACGGGUUUUCAAAGAAGGGGAACUUUGAGGAAGUCUUUUUUGUGUGGUUCUGCAUGAGUGAGCAUGAGGUCAAACCCGAUGUAGUGACAUGCAGUGCCCUUCUCAAUGGAUACUGUAAGAAACAUCAAAUGGAACAAGCCAAUGUUUUAUUUCGCAAGAUGCUUGAUAUUGGAUUACAUCCAGACCUGAUACUGUAUAACACUUUGAUUCGUGGAUUUUGCAGUGUUGGAAGCAUUGAUGAUGCUUGCAACUUGAUAUGUAUGAUGGUUGAAAAUGGUAUCCUUCCCAAUAACAUUACUCACCGGGCACUUGUCCUUGGGUUCGGAAAAAAGAGGGUUAGGAAUCCUGUUUUAGUGGCAGCUCUUAAAUUGCAAGAAAUUCUUCUCAGAUAUGGUAUUCAUGCUGAUUUUGAUGAAUAUUUAAUACCAGAAAGCUGCACCCAUUUUGGAGCAUCUUUAGCAAAUCAAUCUGUAGAUUGAUACACGAAAAGUGUUUAGUUUCAAUUGAGUAAAUUCAAUCUUCAAUCAGAACAAAUCAUGUGGUGCUGGCACUGUGCUUGGCUGCGAGCAGAAGAGAAAUUACCAGCAUGGGCCAGGGAUGCUAUCUCAUGUCCUGAAUACAUGCAUUCACUUCGAGGACUUGAUGACGGAACAGGUCUAGAUUGGAUCAAGAAACAUCUCCAUUUACCUGAUGCCAGCUUUAGAUUAUGAAAGAAUUGAGUGAUACUUUAAGAAGAGAAAAAACCAACUCUUUUUAAUGCUAGACCACUGCGAACUUGGACUUGAAAAGCACUACGUAUAUGAUGCAGCACAAAACUCCACAGAUAAGAAUGUCAAUUCUACUCCUGCAAAAAUCAUAUAAAACGGUGAUCUGAGGUCAAAGAACAUGAGUGUGGUGUUUACGAAGAACUCUUUUAAAAGUUGGUGGAUUUGAGUUGGAAGGCAUGUGAAUUGAAGUUACAGAGGUCAGUGUUGGUUUGAAGAUAAUCAUAACACCCUUGCAUUUUGUUAAAAAAGAUGAUUAUAUAUACUCUAAAAGAGUUUCCAAAAUGGGUCAUCCUUGGAUUAGACUAUUGGAGAGUGAAGGUUAUGAUGAAUGAUGACUAGGGGUGCAAGCGAAGAUCUUAGCCAUUCUGGGAUGAACUGAUGGAGCUCCCCUGCUGUCAAGGCUAUCUGGUAGAUCCAAGGAAUAUUCUGUGUGCAUUUGACUGAAGUGAGCAUGAGUCAAUUCACCUGUUGACUUGGCAGCGCAUAAUUUUUGUUGAAGAUUGUAUUCAUGUGAUGGUAUUUUACUGGUCAAAACACAGAAGAAUAGGCAGGGUCAACAGUGAGGACACGACAGACAAUACUCCCUAUGAACUAUGACAUCCAUAAGAUAUGAAAGGUUCCUGUUCCAAGUGAGGAGGUAGGCUUGGAGGAAUGAUUGCUGUUCUUGUAACUACUCCUACUUCUGAGCUCUAUGAGGUUCGUGUUGGAGGAGUGAUUGCUAUUCUGGCUGAGUAUCGAGUUCUGGGUGGAAAUCCCUACUCAAGGAAUAGCAUUUUUAAGGAGUCAAUUACAAUGGUUAAUGUAUAUAUACAUAAUUAGAGUGUUUGCAGUUUCUUCUGCCCUCUUCUUUUUCUUCAAAUUCAUUUACUCUCAUGUUUGAAAGGGGCAAUUUUAUUUCA